AUGUUUGCUAAUCGUCCUCAAAGUCGAAGAUCGUAUCCGCCGUCCAGUCGAUCUCAUGCUAGGCCAGGGUUAAACGAUGCUUGGAGAUUAAUAUGGCCCUUCACUACUACAACCGUUCUUGGAAUUUGUCUCAUACUAUGCGUUCUUGUUAUUGGAGCGCUAGAAACAGCGUCGUUAGCAAUAAGCACCGAUUCGGUUUACUAUGGAACUACUUCUUCAACAGGUGCUGGAUUUUGGUGCGAAUUUUAUGUUUUUAUUGCUGCUACACUUAUUCUUAUAAUUAAUUUUGUUCUUCGUACUCAUUUAUGGGCCACAGUUGCUUUGUUGGGAACUUUUGCUGCUGCUGGUUUUUCUGUUGUCAUUAUUGGUUUAGAUGCUAAGGCUGUGAAAGAUGCAAAUGACAGAUUUGGUACGCUUCCUAAAAAAGUAGAAGUACUUGCAGCACAAUUAGCAUUUGCGUGCCUGGAAUUGGUGUUAUGCGGUCUCUUUAUCGGUAUCUAUAUAUUAGUUCAUAUAUAUGUUCAAUUUCGUUUACGUCGUGUACAAAACAUCGAAGCGCCCUUAAAAUUUUAG